GCUUUGUGCUACAACAGCGGUGUGCGGCGUAUACAGGAAACUGAGAGAGCGGUUGCAGCUUGAGCAUGUCAUGUGUCGCAAUAUAUGGUUCAGUCCUGUGUUCCGCCUGAGUCAAGUGUUGACCGUCGACCAGUGAGGAUGGCAAGGAUUAACAUAUGGAUUAUUUGUCUGCUGGGGGUCGUGCUGCCUGGGAAUGCAAAUGAUCAACAACCCGGAUGUACGGUCUGUGCGAAGACAGCGAAGACCGAAGAUUGUAAAGACGCACACCACUCUUCCUAUGCCAUAGGGAAGGGUUUAUGUGACAGCAUCGUUAAGGACGACAUAUUAAGAGACAACCUGUGCAUGACGUACAAGCAAGGUUUCCAAAUACAUUGUGUGGAGUCCGGCACCUACGCGGAACACAACUGUAAAAGGGGAUGCCCUGCCCCUCCACAGAAGGGGCGUUAUGGAAGCGGAGGAGGGUCGUCCCUCCACACAAGGGUUGUCAACAUAACAGUGUUUCUGUUGACCUCCACUGUCUCAGUUCUACUCAGAUUGUGACUGUGACAGAAGAGACAGAUGUAUAUAUGUGUGCUGUGCGUGCUUGCUUGGAAGAAUCACUGUGAUCCUUUACUGUUAAUGUGCCUGAAGCCGGGACACUCUUCCACCCUGGCAUCCAGAUGACGUAGAGUUAUUUGAUAAUCUCCUGUAUUACACUGAGUGCAAUGACGUCAUCAUCUCCAGGGGCAAAGAACAUGUGUAACCAUUUACUGUGAGAUAAUUCGUGUAUUUCACCAUGUGAAAUAUUUGGAAAGUUUGGCAACACAGAUUGGAUAUUUGGUACCGGCCAAUAGAUACCAGCUGUGGGAAUUUAUCAAUCAUUCUGUUUGUGUCUGAGGCUAGGGCAAUAUAUCACUGCUGUAGGAAUAUGUCUCUGUCUAUGACAGACUGUCCAAAGCUGUGGCAAUAUAUCACUGCUGUAGGAAUAUGUCUCUGUCUAUGACAGACUGUCCAAAGCUGUGGCAAUAUAUCACUGCUGUAGCAAUAGGCCUCUGACAAUGGAAGACUGUCUAAAGCUGUGGCAAUCUGUCAAAUGUGGCAAUCUGUUUUCUCAGUCUAAAUUUAACAGUCUGUCUAAAGCUAAGGCAAUUUGUCUGACUAAAACUUCAUGUACUGUAAUCUGUCUAAUGCGAAAAAAAAUCUGUCUCAGACUGUGUAAAUCUGUCUAAUGCGAUGGAAAUCUGUCUCUCAAUAUGACAAUUUGUCUAAAGCUAUCGAAAUAUGUCUAAAGCUGUGGCAAUCAUUCUGAAGCGACAUGUAUGAGACUAUGUCCCCGACUAUGGCAAUCUCUCUAAAGUUUUGCCAUUCUAUCUCUGACUGUGACUAUCUGUCUAUGACUAUGAUGACAAUCUGUCUAAUGCUUUGGCAAUCUGCUUCUGUGGCACUGUGGAAUGAGAUAUUCUUAUAUUCGACGUGCUCGAGGCUGCACAAACGUGAAACAUGAAUUCAGUGUAAAUAUCUAGUCAGAAUCUCAGGAUAUUAUGAAGUAUUUAUCAUCAUUAUACUUUCACCACAUCCAGUCUUUUGUAUCACUAUGACACUCACUUCACUACAGGCACUUUGUAUCAAGUACAUGUAUCAAUCUUGUACCAUUUUCUCAUGCCAUCUGGGCGGUGGGGUAGCCUAGUGCUUAUAGCUUUUGCUUGUCAUGCUGAAGGCGCGGGUUCGAUUCCCCACAUUGGUACAAUGUGUGAAUCCCAUUUCUAGUGUCCCCCGCUGGGAUGUUGCUGGAAUGUUACUAAAAGCGGCGUAAAACCAUACUCACUCACUAUCUCAUCCAUGGAGAGGCUUUUUGUAUACUUGUACAGAUAUGCAAUCAUACAAUUAUUAAUUAUCAUUUAAAUGGUGGCUGAAAAAGCUCAUCAUAAUUCAUAUUUAUACGUGUUUCCAUUUUAUAAUUCCAAAACGUUCAAACAGAAAAUCUUACAAUCCAACGGUAGAGUUGGAGCUGUCACCAUACACGCUGGCUCACUUAGACGUGUCUCUUAUUCCGGAAAGAUGCGUUCAGGUACUAAAACUCGGAAUGUCUACAACCGCGUUGAUACUGAUGUCUCCUAUAUGUAUAUGUCACUCUGUAAUCCAAUCUUAAUUGUUCUUAUCGUUAAUCUCAGCAGUAUUAUAAAGCUAACUUUUUGCAUAAUACCAUUUUACAUUCGUUUUACGUGUAUGUUUUACACUACAGCUUGUGUUUUGCAUUACGACUGUAUGAUUUUUUCAUUUUCCGACGAUAUACGCUACAACGUUUCAGUGAAUGAUAUAUGGCACGCUGCAACAUCCAUACGGUGUCACAGACACCACUGUAAUUCUUCACUGCUUCGAAUUCAUGGUAUCUACAACGUUUCUUUAUAUACACGGGUCCAUUUCAUCCAUACUUUUAACAAACACUGCAUUUCUCUGCUACGUUUCUUCAUUGCUGUAUGAUAUACAUACUACAUUCCGUCGAAUUCAUAAUACACAAAUGUCUCCAUUGCUUCGUGAUAUACAAAACAUCUGUUCGGUGUUUGUAUGACAAACUCUACUGCAGUUCAUCUUGGCUUAGAAUUUAUUCGUUCUGCAUUGACUUGUGAAAAGCUAACUUACAAAUACAUUUUCAUCAUUAUUUUAUAUAACAUACAACACUUUCUCUUAUUUCAUUAUUCCUUCGUCUUCGCCUACGCUUCUACAGUUUCAUCAAUAUUUUAUAAGUAUUACAAUACACUUUUUCAUUGCCGUAUGAAAAAAAUGAAAUAUGUGUUCAAUAGUAUAUGAUAUAUUUUAUUACUUCAUGUGUUCAACGUUAUAACAUGUAUUGUAUGCAUUAGCUAUUGGCUUUGUGUAUGGUAUUUUGCUAUACAAAACCAAAAUAACGAUUUACACUCACUUUGUGUUCGUGCGUUGUUGAUGCUAUGGAAUGUGUUCAUACCGUUAUGAAAUAAAAUACUCAUGUUUAUUAGA